AUGUAUGGCACCCCGGGUUUUAAGUCGUAUCGAGAGGAACACAAAAAGCAACGAACUGCAAAGAGCCUCAUACCAGGCUUGCUCGGUCUCCCGAAGCACCAACAAGGAAUGUAUCGGGGACCUUGGAGACUGCAACAUCCAGGGCGAGCCAUGAGUAUUGAUCAUCGCCAGUGGUGGAGACCAAAUGCAAGCCAUAGAGAGCAAAACUAA